GCUCCAGCCCCGGCCCGGGCGCUCGGAGGAGCGCGGCGGCAAGCGGCGGCGUUCCCGGACGCGCAGCCGCGGCCGCGGCAGGCACCGCGAGGCCAGCCCGGAGCCCCCGCCCCGCACCCGGCGCGCCGCCGCGCGGGACGCCAGCGAGGAGGAGGAGCCGGCACCGCCCCCGAGGCGGAAGGCCGCGCCGCCCGUGGAGGCGCGCUCCGACGACGACGCGGACGCGGGCGCGUCGCCCAAGGCGCUGAUCCAACUGUACAAGAUGGGCGAGAAGUGCUGCAACAUCGUGGCGAACUAUGUCAAGGGCAGAGAGGUGGUGGAUCCCCUCGUCACCAAGCUGCACAUCGACCAGCGCACAAAGGUGACCCACUGCCGCUCGCACAUGGACCGGGCCGGCCCGCUCGCGACGGUGUGGCACUUCUCCGCCGCCGACCGCAAGGACUGCGCCGCCUACGACGCGCUGUGCGACUACUUCCUGGAGAAGCAGCGCGUCGGGCUGGUACAGACGCCCUCGUACUACGUCUACGUGGUGCCGCCGACCGAGGAGUACCUCUCGGCUCUCGGGCUGCCGAGCUCGAACUUCGUGGUCGGCGUGCAGAUCCCCAUCAAGAAGUGA